AGUCCCGGCAGGGCCCGGGCCCGGGCCCCGCCCCCGCAGGCCCCGCCCUGCUCCCGUGCGCCGAACGCCCCAUAUCCGGGUUCCCGCCGCCUUCGCCACCGCGGUCUUCGCCGCCUCGCUCAUUCAGCCUUGUCGGGAGUGGUGUGAUUCCCGACCAAGAUGGCGGCCGUGGGGCGAGUCGGCUCCUUCGGUUCCUCUCCUCCAGGAUUAGCCUCAACUUACACGGGCGGCUCCUUGGGCAACGAGCUCGCGUCGGGCAACGGCAGCGCCGCAGCGGGCGACGACGAGGACGGGCAGAACCUUUGGUCCUGCAUCCUCAGCGAGGUCUCCACCCGCUCGCGCUCCAAGCUCCCGGCAGGGAAGAACGUGCUGCUGCUGGGUGAAGAUGGAGCUGGUAAAACAAGCUUAAUAAGAAAAAUUCAGGGAAUCGAGGAAUACAAGAAAGGAAGAGGAUUGGAAUAUUUGUACUUAAAUGUGCAUGAUGAAGACAGGGAUGAUCAGACAAGAUGUAAUGUAUGGAUCUUAGAUGGAGACUUGUAUCACAAAGGUCUCCUUAAGUUUUCACUGGAUGCCAUCUCUCUGAAGGACACUCUAGUUAUCCUUGUUGUUGAUAUGUCAAAGCCUUGGACUGCUUUGGAUUCUUUACAGAAAUGGGCAAGUGUUGUUAGAGAACAUGUUGACAAAUUGAAAAUCCCCCCUGAAGAAAUGAAAGAAAUGGAACAAAAAUUGAUUAGAGACUUCCAAGAAUAUGUAGAGCCAGGAGAAGAUUUCCCAGCUUCUCCACAGAGAAGAAAUACCACAUCACAGGAAGACAAAGAUGACAGUGUAGUUUUACCUCUGGGUGCGGAUACACUUACACAUAACUUGGGCAUUCCAGUACUAGUAGUUUGCACAAAGUGUGAUGCCAUUAGUGUAUUGGAGAAAGAACAUGAUUACAGAGAUGAACAUUUUGAUUUUAUUCAGUCACAUAUCCGGAAGUUUUGUUUACAGUGUAUCCUUUUAAUACGUUUAUUGAUUCCAGCAGGGUGGGAUAAUGAUAAGAAAAUUGGAAUAUUGCAUGAAAAUUUUCAAACAUUAAAAGCAGAAGAUAAUUUUGAAGACAUCAUAACUAAACCUCCUGUCCGAAAGUUUGUGCAUGAGAAGGAAAUUAUGGCAGAAGAUGACCAAGUAUUUCUUAUGAAGCUUCAGUCCCUUUUAGCAAAGCAACCACCAACUGCAGCUGGAAGGCCUGUGGAUGCCUCACCAAGAGUCCCAGGAGGCUCCCCUCGAACACCAAACAGAUCUGUCUCAUCCAAUGUGGCCAGUGUGUCGCCCAUCCCUGCUGGGUCAAAAAAAAUUGAUCCAAACAUGAAAGGUUUUAAUGUAGGCCAGAAGCCUGUCCUAGAUGUUCAUGCAGAACUAGACAGAAUUACACGAAAACCAGUUACAGUUUCUCCUACAACACCUACAUCUCCUACGGAAGGAGAAGCUUCUUGAAGAUACCAAAUAAAGCCAUUUAUUCAGUUUUCUGGGAUAAUGUAAA